GUUUUUUCUACUUCACUUUUGUCCCAACACAAAUCCCCAAAUCAAAAAGUUGGACCAUCCCAAUUGCUAAAAUUUGGAAAAUGGUGUUGGGUCAUGUUCUUCUUCUAUCACUAAUUAGCCUCUCCACCACUGUCGACUCUCAAUCAAUCAUCAAAACCCUACCUGGGUUUCAUGGAGAUCUCCCAUUUUACCUUGAAACUGGGUAUGUUGGUGUAGGGGAAAGGGAAGAGUUGCAAUUUUUCUACUACUUGUUUGAGUCAGAAAGGAAUCCAAAAGAUGAUCCUCUUGUUCUUUGGUUCUCAGGAGGACCUGGCUGCUCUGUGCUUUCUGCUAUUGUAUAUCAAAAUGGUCCACUAAUUUUUGAUUAUGCAAACUCCACUGGGAACAUACCAUCACUCAUGCUGAGACCAUAUUAUUGGACAAAGGUUGCAAACAUACUAUAUUUAGAUACACCUGUGGGCACUGGAUUCUCAUACUCAACAACAUGGGAAGGAUACAAAACAGGUGAUUUAUCUUCAGCAGAAAAAGCCUAUGAGUUUCUGAUAAAGUGGCUUAUGGAGCACCCCAAAUUUCUCUCAAAUCCACUCUAUAUUGGAACUGAUUCUUAUGGGGGCUUAACUGCUCCAAUCAUUGUUCAGAAAAUUUCUGAUGGGAAUGAUAAAGGGAGCAAGCCUAGAGUGAACCUCAAAGGACUCAUAUUAGGCAAUCCUCUUACCGAUUUUAAGUACGAUUUGAACUCAAGAAUUGCAUAUGCUCACCAAAAGGAACUCAUUUCCAACAAACUUUAUCAGUCAACUAAGAAAAAUUGCAAAGGCGAGUAUCUUAGUCCAGAUCGAAGCAACAAACUAUGCAUCAACAAUCUUCAAGCUAUCAACAAGACUUUUGAGCAAUUAUACUUGUUCAAUAUAAUGGAACCCAAAUGUAGUACGUGGAACCUCAGUUCUUUUACGAGAGGGAAUGAGCUACUCGCAACCAUGAAAAAGUUAGAUGUUUUGACUCAAUCUAAACAUUUAACGAAUUGGUGUCGUGAUUUUACGCUAUUCUAUUCUUACAUAUGGGCUAAUGAUAAGAAUGUCCAAAGUGCUCUUCAUGUACGAGAGGGGACUAUAAAGGAGUGGCCAAGAUGCAAUCUUAGUUUGUGGUAUAAAAUUGAUGUUCGAAGCAGUCUUCAGUAUCAAAAAUUGCUUACCAACAAAGGCCACCGUGUUUUGAUUUUCAGUGGUGAUCAAGACUUGGCUAUUCCUUAUUUGGGUACCCUUGCUUGGAUACACACUCUAAAUUUGACAAUAACUGAUGAUUGGCGACCAUGGCUGAUCGAUGAUCAGAUUGCUGGCUUUGUAAUUACCUAUUCUAAGGGCAAAUACAAUUUGACAUUUGCAACUGUUAAGGGAGGAGGUCACACAGCUUCAGAAAUAAAGCCUAAGGAGGCCUUCGUCAUGAUCGAUAGGUGGUUCGCUUAUCAUUCACUGUAGCAAUUUGGUUCUAUGUGUUGACAAAAAAUUAGUGAAUAAAAAUAAUGAUAUAUGAGCUUAAAUUUUAUAAU